GACCGUACAUAACGCUACCUGACACCCUCACCAACUACAUUCCUCUCUAGAGAUUGAAUUGAAUUAAGUUCUGGAAAGAGCUUGUAUUCUAAAAAGGUGCAUUAUUGGCAACCUGACUUGCAUUUAUAGCUUAUUUUAACUUGCUUUUAUAUUUCAUUGACUGAUAUGGCUUCCUAUAAGCUCACUUACUUUCCAAUCAAAGGAUUGGCAGAGCCGAUUCGAUUCCUUCUCAGCUACGGAAGUGUUGAAUUUGAAGAUGUGCGCGUUAAUCGAGAAGACUGGCCAAAACUAAAACCCUCAAUGCCGUUUGGGCAAAUGCCCGUCCUUGAAGUUGAUGGGAAAAAAAUUAAUCAAUCACAAGCCAUCAGUCGCUACCUGGCUAAACAGUUUGGACUUGCUGGCAAGGAUGAUUGGGAAGCUCUAGAAAUUGACGCCACCGUUGCUACCAUUGAUGACUUACGCACAAAAAUUGCAUCCUGGUUUUACGAAGGCAAUAUAGCAGUGAAGCAAACCAAGUACGAGCCGUUGUUCAAGGAAACUAUCCCAUAUUUUUUGAAACGUUUGGACGCUCAGGUCAAGACUAACGGAGGCUGGUUUGUCGGUGGCACUUUGUCCUGGGCUGAUCUUUUGUUCAUUGCGCAGCUUGAUUACAUCAUUUAUAUGACAAAUGUAGACAUCAUCGAUAAAUACGAUAAUUUGAAGCAGCUCAAAGCCAAUGUUCUCAAUGUGUCACAAAUCAAAUCAUGGGUUGCAAAACGUCCUAAAACCGACCAUUAACCAAGACUGAGAAUAGGCUCGCUUUUCGUUCCCAAAUACGUGAGAGUAAUUUGAUAUUUUUGCGCGAUUCUCACUUCAAAGAAUACCCUGAUAAUUUAAAACAUUACAAAUUUAAAGUUGUUGCAAACUCCGAAGAAAUUCGACAUUAUAUAUUAACUAUCCAUUGUAUUACUCGAAUUGAUUCAAAGUUUAAUCAUGAAUAAAAUUUGAAUAUGCGUAA